GGCGGGCGCCGGAGGCGGGCGCUGCUGGUCAGAAGGUUCGGUUGCGCGUGUGCCAUGGACUCAGCCGCCCGGUGAUAUUGACAAUAGGAGAGAGAAAGGGGCAUUGACGGGGACCCACCGCGGGUAGCGAAAGGUGGCUCUGGCAGCGGCGGCUCCAGCUCCUGCGGCUCCUCUUCCUUCUCCUGUCCCCUUCUCUUGCUGCCGCUGCAGAUCCAGUCUUCCUCCCUCCCUUCCCCCCCUCCCCACGUCGUCGCCGCCGCCGCCGCCGCCGGGUCCGGGGCAACGAGCUGAGGCGCCGCCCGCCAGGAAUGUGAGCGAGGAGCCACCGGCGGAGCCGCAACGGGGUCGGUGCCGAUUUGAUGGGACGGGCCCGCGGGGGAGGAUCGUGAGGCCGCCGCCGCCACCGGAACGCUGAGGUUCGGGUCCGGCCGUGAGGCCUAGAGGCUCCGCCGCCGCGGAACCGGAGGGACCCUGCACCGGACAGCCGUCGCCCCGGGCUCCCUGCAGCUGCCCGGACCUCCCCCUGCACGUCCCGGUCCCGCCGCCCGCCCCCGCUGCGGCCCCCUCGCCCGUCUCCCGCCCCUCCAAGCCACAGAUCAUCUUCGGAUUCUUCCCCAGAAGCUUCAAGUAGGGAUAUGUCCUCAGCACCAACUACUCCUCCAUCAGUGGAUAAAGUAGACGGAUUUUCUCGGAAGUCCGUCAGAAAAGCCAGACAGAAGAGGUCACAAAGUUCCUCACAGUUUAGGUCUCAAGGCAAGCCUAUUGAGUUAACACCUCUGCCGCUGCUAAAAGACGUUCCAUCCUCAGAGCAGCCUGAACUGUUCCUAAAGAAACUUCAGCAGUGCUGUGUCAUUUUUGACUUCAUGGACACGCUAUCUGAUCUUAAAAUGAAAGAAUACAAGCGCUCCACUCUUAAUGAACUGGUGGACUACAUUACAAUAAGCAGAGGCUGUUUGACAGAGCAGACUUACCCUGAAGUAGUUAGAAUGGUAUCUUGCAAUAUAUUCAGAACUCUCCCUCCUAGUGACAGCAAUGAAUUUGAUCCAGAAGAAGAUGAACCUACCCUUGAGGCAUCGUGGCCACACUUACAGCUUGUAUAUGAAUUUUUCAUACGAUUUUUGGAAAGCCAAGAAUUCCAACCCAGCAUUGCCAAAAAAUAUAUAGAUCAGAAAUUUGUAUUACAGCUUCUGGAGCUAUUUGACAGCGAAGACCCUCGGGAACGGGACUACUUAAAAACAGUCUUACACAGAAUUUAUGGCAAGUUUCUUGGUCUUAGAGCAUUUAUCCGAAAACAGAUUAACAAUAUUUUUCUAAGGUUUGUUUAUGAAACAGAACACUUCAAUGGUGUAGCUGAACUGCUGGAAAUAUUAGGAAGUAUUAUCAAUGGCUUUGCUUUACCUCUUAAGGCAGAACACAAACAGUUUCUGGUGAAAGUAUUGAUCCCCUUACACACUGUCAGGAGCUUAUCACUCUUCCAUGCACAGCUGGCAUAUUGUAUAGUACAGUUUCUGGAGAAAGAUCCUUCACUCACAGAACCAGUUAUUAGGGGGUUAAUGAAAUUUUGGCCUAAAACAUGUAGUCAAAAAGAGGUCAUGUUCCUUGGGGAACUGGAAGAAAUAUUGGAUGUGAUUGAACCUUCACAAUUUGUUAAAAUCCAAGAACCUUUGUUUAAACAAAUCGCCAAGUGUGUAUCUAGCCCCCAUUUUCAGGUGGCAGAAAGAGCACUCUAUUAUUGGAAUAAUGAAUACAUCAUGAGUUUGAUAGAAGAAAACUCUAACGUCAUCCUUCCCAUCAUGUUUUCCAGCCUUUAUAGGAUUUCAAAAGAACAUUGGAAUCCGGCUAUUGUGGCGUUGGUGUACAAUGUGUUGAAGGCAUUUAUGGAAAUGAACAGCACCAUGUUUGACGAGCUGACAGCCACAUACAAGUCAGAUCGUCAGCGUGAGAAAAAGAAAGAAAAGGAGCGUGAAGAAUUGUGGAAAAAAUUGGAGGAUCUGGAGUUAAAGAGAGGUCUUAGACGUGAUGGAAUAAUUCCAACUUAACAAAAACAAUGACAACGACAUUACUAACCUGUGGAGUCACACAUUUAUGUAGUAGAAGAUGGAGCAACAGUUUUCUGUAUUGUGCAACUUUACAGUAGAUUUCACAUUUGUUUCAUUAUUACAACAGCACUGUAUAUACCUGUCUCUAAGUAAAGGAAAAAACAAAAUAAGGACUUCAAUCCAAAGUUUGGACAGUAGAUGGACUUCUCAGAACUUUGCAAACAUAAUCAUUGUUCUAACCCUCUUUUAAAAAAAAAAAUCGGUCUUCAAAGAUCUGUUGAUGAAAUUGCUAUGUUAAAAUUCCAUUAUCGGGAGUUCCUUAUUUAUCACUAGCAGAGAGUAUGAUACAAUUUUCAAAUGUGAACAAUCUUAAAUUUAGCUUGUCUUUCUGCUAAGCUGUUAAAUGUAUUUAUAGUAAAGGAAGAAAAAAAGACUGUCAUUUCCUUAUAAGUUUGUGUAACAUCCUCCUCUGGAUAACUUGACUGUAAUUUGACAUCUUUUUCUUUUGCACAUCUUCCUGAGUUGAAUGUCCAUGUGGAAUGGGGUCAUGAAUUAUAAAGGUCCCUGAUAAAAGUUCUGUUUACUGGGGUGAACAUCUUUCCAGUAACCAGGUAGUCCUGGUACUCCUUCAGUUUUAAAAUUAGGAGUUAAAAGAGAAGAGGUGAUAAACAUAGUAGGGAAGGGAAUAUUGGAUUCAUGCAUCAGUUUAUGGUGAAUCCAAAUCAAUGUCUUGAAUCCUUUGAAAACAGGCACUGGGACAUCACAGACUUCAGUACCUGACCAGUAUUAGUUGCAUAUAUCAUUGAACACACAUACCAGAGAUGUUUUAGAAAUGCGAGAAAAACAUCCUUUUGGACCAUUUGAAAUAAGAAAGACAAACACUAAACAAUACAACCAUGAAAUUGAUCGCCAGGAUUGCAAAUCUAAUUGGGAAAAGAGUUGAGCAAACAGCUUGGACUGUUUGGAGUUGUUGCCUUACUUUUUAAUAUGUAUUUAUAAAGUAUUCCAGCAAAAGAGGAUGUAGCCUCUGGGAAAAAAACAUGUUACAGUGUUUUUUGUAGAUUCUCGUUCUAUAUCUCAUCACAGCGCCAGCCCUGUUUUUAGCCGGAAAGGAUUCAGGAUAAACAUUAUUAUGCAUUCUGAAUUGGAUGCAUAUUCCUAACUACUGUAUUUGUUACCAAAAGUGGUUCUACAAAUGCUACUGAAAAAAAAUCUGGAAAUUCCUAAUGUCCUGAGUAUUAAUAAUAAAGUUUAAAAAAUGCUUUUAUAUCAAAGGUGCAUCGUGACCAAAUUGUUUAAGAAAAACAAACAAACAAAAUCUAGGGCUGUAUUAUAUAUAUAUAUAUAUAUAUAUUAUUGGCUCUCUGCUUUGUAUUUAAAUGAAGAAUCUUACAUCUUGGGUAGGCAAACUGCUGAUAAAACUUGUGUACAGUAUGUACUUACCUAAUGCAGUUGAAUUAUUAUGUACUGAAAGAUAUGUGUUUGGGGGUUUAUUUCCAGGAUGCUUUUGCUUGUUAUGGACAUGGCAGCAGUGAGUUGGUAAUCCUAAACCAUCACUUCCAGCAGUAUUCAUGGAAUAGAGCUGAUUCUGUGUUCAUGUGUUGAAUUGUGAUAGUAGCAAACAUGAACAUUUGAACUAUUGUUGCUCUUAAUAGAAAUACAAUAUAAAUAUGGGCUUGUAUAUUUUCUUCCUUACAUUUGAAUAUAAAGUAGAAUAUGUAGUUCUAUUAUUUUCAAGAAAAAGGAAGAAAAACUGCUGACCUUUCUCCCCCAUAAAGUUUUUCAGGAUGAUCAGGUCACAGUGUGUAUGUAAGAGUCAGCUAAUUAUGGAUAUUGUCAUCUGGGUAACUUUGUAAAAAAACAAAAACAAAAUUGGCAUUGUUAAUUCCAAAAAAAACCCCCAAAAAACCAGCAGUUAAAAAAAAAGUCAUACCCAACCCAAGACACAACAUGGUUUAAUGGAAUUAAUAGAUUUAAAAAAAAAAAAAAAGAACAUUGAUGGGGAUUCACUGUAAGGUUGGCAGAGGCUGCCAAAGACAAAACAACUGACUUUAAAAAUGCUGGAACAAAGUGAUAAAAAAUAAAUUUUUAACAAAUCUUCUCCUUUUUAGCCCUUGUCAUUUUAGCCCUUUAGUUUCCACUUUGCAUUAUAUUUAUUUUUGAUAGUAUAAACUUUUGUUUGCCAUUAAUUCAUCUUUUUAGGUAGAAGACAUUAAAAUCGCAGGUUUAUGAAGAAUCUCUGCCCAUUGGGAUGAAAUGCAGUCAUUUGAAAUGAGAAAGGCCAGGAUCCUUUUUUGCACCUUACCCUGUCUUCAAGAGGAAAGGUGAACACUUCCAGCUAUCCUCCUUGAUGUCAAUUUUGUAUGUUGAUCAUUCCAAACUGAGAAGAAUAAAAUUUUAGACAUAUUUAGAGAAUCAAUUAAGCUAUAUGUCUAAAGUUCAUAGGGCAACUUCUGAGAAGAAACACUGUCUUUUUCUUUUUUAAUGGAAAGUGACAAUGUGACAUAGUCACGUUGUGUGCGGUGACGCAGAGUAACUGAGGUAAUCUGACUGUUGCACUAUGUGACAUAUUUCAGGACGUACUUGCUGCAUUUGCAGCAGCCCUCUCUCUCCGUCCCUUCCCACAAUUCUGCUGUUGCUGCAACUUGAGUUAAUUGUGACAAACGCAUCUUUGUGUUAUAUUUUGUUUGCUUCAUAAUUUCCAGAACUAUAUAUAAAUAUAUUUUUAAAAUAGCAAAUAUUGUAGUUAGCGAGUGAUGAUCACUCCAACCUUAUCCUUACCAUAUGGGUUUCAGGGAUAGGAUUAAGAGUGUCUUUGGAAGAGAAAAGUACAAACAACCCUGUGGUUUAGAAUGAUGCUGAGGCCUUAGGCUGUGGGCCUAGAACAACUAUGUGAGUGAAUUCACCCAUCUCAUGCUUUGAAUCAAGCAUGCAUUCCUUUUUCUCAUUGUGCAAGUAUCUUACCCCAGUUGUUUUCCUUCAGUGUUGAGUUUUUGUCCUUUUAAAUUUUAUUGUAUUUUGCUCUCCCUAACAUUUGACUGUUUUUUAUAAAAGAAAAGAAAAAAUAAUAAAAAAAAAAAAAGAAAGAAAUAAUACCCUUGAUGCCGCUGGAUACUCACAAGCAGGGUUAUGCUCCUUUAUCUUAGGCUUGUUUGCCUAAAUGAAAGGGUUUAAUUUAUUUUGUACCUCCUAUGCGUGGGAUAGUCCAGGGUGCAGAGCCAGGACUUGCUUGUAAUUGCACCUGCUAUACUUAAAUGUAUAGCCCUAGGCUCAAUCACACUAUGGAAAGAAACAAAAAAAGUAUAUUUAGAGCUUUAAAAGCUUUUUUAUUUUUUUGUGGGGAUGAGGGUGGGAUGGGAAAGGGAUGUAUGGAUGUUACUGGCAUUUUUAAGUGUUUUAGAGUUUUUUGGGGUUUGGGGUGGUUUUUUUUCCUUGUUUUCCUUUUUUCCUUUUAAUUGGAUGCACUGACCUGGCCCAGGAAAUGAAGAGAUUCUCUUUUGAUGCUAUUACCAAUGUUAUCAUAAAGUGACAGUCACCUGUAACAAAAAGGUGGCACCAGACAUGAUCACUGAUGUUUUAUUUGCACAUCAAUAUUUUUAUUUUUGUAUUCUGGCUCAGCUGCUUCUCUGAGUGGAGUUAAGGAAUGAGCCACAAAGGAUUUUUGUAGUAGGUAUAUUGGCAUUGCAUUUUAUAUUCCUCUAUAUUUAAUUUUUAAAAUCUAAAAGAAGGAUUGUGCAUCUUGAGAGAAAGUUGAGCAAAUUGUGAUCUAGCGGAAUGUUAAUUUGUGCUGCUUCUUGUGCACGAUAGCAGCAGUAGUAUCUCUUGGAAAUAAACAUCCCAUAUUAUGAUGUCUAUGAAUAUAGGUUUCCUUUUCUUCCUUCCCUCCCUCCUUCCCCCACCUUUCUCUUUUUUUUCUCUCUCAGCCUCUCCUUUCCUCCCUCCCUCUUCCCUUCCUCUUUCUUUACUUUUUUUGAAAUCACUUAUUGUAAAUAAGUUGUAAUCCAAACCUCAUGUAUCAAUGGGGAACUUUCAAAUAUAAAUAUUACCAAUGCAUUUUCUGGUUGUUGUCUGAUUUUUGAUUGAAAUAUAAUGAGAAUGACAUGUCUGUUGCUUUUGGUUUGAGGACUUCACUUUAGCUUCAUAAAUCUUUUGGUAUUUUAGUAUUUCAUUGUUUUAGCAGGAGAGGGCAGCAAAAGUUCAUUUUCCCUGUUAGUAAUGCUGUGGUUCAUGAUCGGUUUUAAAUUUAGCUGUGUGUGCGUUUUUUUAAACAGCAUCUCUUUGUGAGUAGAGGUAAAAAUGAAACAUUUUUGAUAUGAAAAGUUGCAUAUGAAAAUUAUAGACUGGUUCAACCAGACAGUGAAGACUUCUGAUCCACCUCAAACGUAAAAUGCCACAAAACAAUCUUCCACCUCUGGCUAAAACAUGCUACUUCCUUUUCAAACACCAUAAAAUACAAGCUGAGUCUUAAACACUUGGAAUUUAAAAUGUUCUUCUUUGGAAAUGAUUUGCUUUCUUCACAGUGGUAACAGAAACAAAAACGAAGGUGCUCCCCAAAAAGAAAUGUAACCUUCCCCUUUCACAGAUGUGUGAGAGGUUCUGUACUGUGGGUGCAUCAUAAUAAAGAAGCAGUGAAGAGUUUUCAGGUGCCUGACUGUUUUUGUUUGUUUGUUUCUGAACUCCGUGGCCUUUUGAACCAUACAAAUACUAGAUUUGAUUGACUUAGCUUUGAGGCAGUGGGGUUGGUAUGUUCAGGCUUUCAUUUUGAGAAGUCAGUUUAUGAUUAUGAGUAUGUAAUAUUGGGAAAUGGUCCAGUAUCUAUUGCUGUAUAACAUACUACUCCAAAAGUAGCAGCUUAGAAGAACAACAAUUUAUUCUCAUCACAAAUCUAUAGUUUGGGAAGGACUUAGCGAGAACAUCUUGUCUCUGAUCCUCGAGUGUCAACCAGGGUGUCACAGGUGGGGCAGGAAUCUUCACUUCCAACAUGACUCACUUACAUGGUUGACAAGUUAGUGCUGACAGUUGGCUUGGAGUUCAGCCAGGGGUCUCAGUUCUUCCUCACAGUACUUUCUUCUUGGGCUUCCUCACAGCAUGGCAGCUGGGUUCUAGGAGGCAGGAAGUGAAAACUGCCUCUUCUUUGAGGCCUGGGCUCGGAAACUAUCAUGGCAUCACCUCCAUCAUAUUCUAUUGGUCAGGCGGUCACAGAGCCUGCUCAGAUUCAAGUGGAGGGGACAUAGUCCUCACUGUGAAUCAAUGAGAAGUGUUUUCAGUAAUUUGCAGUUAUCUGUAAGCUACCAUAGGAUAGUUUUUUUUUUUAAGUAAAGUAUUUGAUUUAGGUGUGAUCUACUCCCUUAGCUAAUUAAAUUACAUCAAAUUUGGAACCAUGUGGAAUUAACCAAUUUAUAUUUCAUAUUAAAAUUAAUCAGUUUGGAAAGGAAAAGCCCUUGUAAAUGUCAGCAAUUUUGUAUUUCAAAGCAUAACCACUUGUAGCACCUGAAGAUCACCUCCUGGUAAGUUAGAAGAAACUUGUAACAAAAAAUUUUAGGGUUUAAGAGACUUAAGAGAUGAUUUUAAGAAAAUAUCUAAUUCUUUGCAUAAUGUUGCUUCCUGUCUAUAAAUAUUUACAAGAAUGGAGGCAAAAUAAAUGUACAAUAAAGAUACAGAUUUUUAUAUAAGUAGUAUGUCUAUUAGUAAUGUUUCUAUUAGAUUAAGUUUACAUUAUGCUUUUAAAUUUUUUUAAGGGAGACCAAAGUAUGUGAUAGUUAAAGGGGAAUUAGUUUGACUUUUUUUUAAAUGAUAGUAUUGCUUUUUUAUUAUUAGGCACGCACUUUUUGUGGACCACUGGAAACAUGAGUAGAUAAACAUUUAUUGCCUCUCAGCCAAGUGAGAGAACCUCUGGAUAGAUUCUUAAUUUUAUUAUUUAAAAAAAUCAAUGAGAUUAUUAGCCUUAUUAAACACAUGGGGAAAUUGAGACUCACAAAUUAAAUAAUGGGUCCAAAUGUACAUGAUUGAUUCAUCUAUGAUGCAUGUUCAUACACAUUCUCAGAAAGGCAGAAUUAUUUGCUUUUAUGAUUGUUUUUUGUGACCUAAGAAACCAUUCUUCCCCCGUUUUCCUAUCCCAGGCCGAAAAACAUUCUCUUACGUUUUUCUGUAAGAGCUUUAUAAUUUUAGCUUUUAUAUUGAGGUCUGUGAUUCAUCUUGGAUUAUUUUCUUAUGUGUAGGUUGUAAAAUAGGAAUCUAGAUGCAGUUUUUCCAUGUGGAUUCUCAGUUAUUGUGGGGCCAGUUGUUGAAAAGUCUCCCAAAGAACGGCUUUCUUGUCAAAACGCUACCUUAAAAGUGUGUAUCUAAGUCUGAGUUCUCUUUUCUGUUCUAAUGGUUGAUAUUUUUAUCCUUAUGCCAGAACCACACUGUCAUGAUUGCUGUAGCUUUAUAAUAGUCUUGAAUCAAGUUGUCUUUCAGUUUUGUAUUUUUCAAAAUUGCUCUCAGUAUUCUAAGUCCUUUGCAUUUCUACAUAAAAUUUAGAAGCAGCAUGUAAAAAAAAAAAAAAAAAA